AUGCCUCAGUCAGAUCGGACUAGUGACAAGCAAAUACGUGAGAAAUUAGACAUCGGUUCGAUAAUUAGUGCCGUGGAGCAGCAGUUGAAGACUUAUCCAGAGCACGAAUAUUGCGAUGGAAGCUGCACCGGCCAGCAAAUUCUGAACAAGCUGUCACUUUCAGGUGAACCGGGAGGUACCAUGUCGCGAAAAACCCAGCCAAGGAUUGUACCAACUGGAAGAGUUUGUCAGGAUGGAACAUGGCUUGAGCAACAAAACCGUACUCCCUUCGAAUAUAGUGCGCUUGGAUCUGGGGAUGCUGUCAUACGACUUGUGCGUAUCAAGCAUGCUUAUUUUCCAAAAGACAUUAUUGAGUGUGAUAUGAAAAAUGUCGAUCUGAACACAAAUCCUGGCUUUGCAGCUCUCUCUUACUAUUGGGGUCCACGUGUUUUCAAUUGCCAGAUGAUUUGUAACGGAAAAUUGAUGGCGAUCACUGCGACAUUAAAUGCAGCACUCAAGAGGGUUCGUAAUGAUUUCUACUCCAAUUAUUUCACGAUGUUCGUCGACAACUUUGGCGCAAAUGAACACCUCAUCUGGGUGGAUGCUUUGUGCAUCAAUCAGAAUGAUGAAGUAGAGCGCGACAGCCAAGUAAGACUCAUGCGCCGAAUCUAUAGUCAAGCGACAGUGGUUCACGUAGACCUGGGUCAUACGGACCUAAGUCGUUCAAACAGAUCAGAAUGGUUUCAGGGUUACGAUCUUCUCAAGAGGCUGGCUUCAGCCGCCAAAGAUAUCGUACCAACUUCAAGGCGUGAAUCAGAGGAUCUGUAUAGCAGAUUUGGAAUUUAUCCUACACAUCCUGCCUGGGUUACUUACCUUGACAUUUUCGCAAUGCCCUGGUUUCAGAGAACAUGGACGGUGCAAGAUGUCGUCUUAGCGAAAAACGCCAUGGUCCGCUUUGGGGACUUCACGUUCUCAUGGUCCUUACUUUCUCAAUCUUUUAAGAUGUUGGAGCACCUCGAAUUUGAUGUGAAAAGCAAGGAGGUCGUGCGCGGGUUUGAACACUUAAAGAUCCUGGAAAGAUUGAUCGACGUGCCAAAGCACGAUUCAAGCGGCAUGAAUCUCCUCUCACUUUUGCAGCUGACCACUGAUUUCUCUGUUUCGGAUCCAAAGGACAAAAUACACGCCUUGUUGGGCCUUGCUGGAGUGAACGAUCAAUUGAAUGGGCCGCAUUUUACGGCUGACUAUAGCAUGUCGACCGAAGCCUUGUAUCUGAGAUGCGGAAUAUACUUCGUUAGGACAAAUUGCGCAGACCAGAUGCUACCUUUUGCGGGCCUACAGCAUAGAAGUUCACAGCUUAGAGAGAUUCCUUCAUGGGUGCCGGAUUGGUCUUCCCAGUCCAAUGUUCAUUGUUCUCCACCAGUAGCAGACCUUCGACCAACGGCGUACACUGCUACACCAGGGACAAAACUCCAUGCUAGGUUGAAAAUAGCCUCAUCCUCACCGAAGUUCCGGUCUAACAUCCUCGUCAUGAAGAGGAAAAUUGUAGACCGACUUGCUUUUGUAAGCGAAACCUUGUGCCUGGACAAUCGACUGAAGACGCCUAACGAUCUAGAGGCCAUGAUCUUCCUCCACUGGCAUCAAACUGCUGAACGGCAGACGUUCCUCCAUUAUGAUAAGUCUUCUCCCAGACAGAUAUACACCGAUAUUCUCGAAUCAUUCAUCUGCACCUUGCUCAUGGAUUCUGUCGAUGAAAGUCCACAGAUGACCGAGAUCCGAAAUCUCAAGACCACAUACAGCUUCGCCAUGAGCGCUCUCCAAGGAAUUGCCCGAGAUAACAGUAAGAUCAGCCUCAGUUAUCUAGAACCAAAGAAUGAACGGGACACCCUUCUGCGUCGAAUGCUCGAGGCAUGCUCGGGCCGUAAGGUUGCGGUGACCCAGCGCGGUCUCAUCGGACUAGUUCCCAGAUGCACCAAGCUCGGAGAUCAAGUCAACCUAUUCCACGGCGUAUCCGUGCCAUUUAUUACAAGAGACUCGGAGAGAUCGCUGACUAUUGAAGGUCACACUGGAAGACCCGUGGAGUUGGUGGGAGACGCAUAUAUCCAUGGACUUAUGCGAGGUGAAGCGAUGGGUCUCGGAGGUAAUAGCGACGAGGAAGAUGUCUGGAUAUGCUGA